UGAUUUUAAUGUUUACAAAAUAAUUUACACUGAAAAUGAGGCGGGUCUUUUAGAAAAAAUUGGCGGUCCAUUUUUUAAUUUCAAGUACAUUUGGAUCUAAAAUGUUAGCCAAAUGGUAAAAGCCCAAAUAAAUAAAAUAAAAAAACCUAAAGAAACACAAAUCUCAAAAUAAAAAUACAAAAACCAAACGACACGUCAUCGAUCCUCGUCAAAAAACCAAUAAUAACAAAAAUUCAACGGUGAGAUUAACGUAACAGCAAAUCAACCCUAUCAUCUUCACUCGCAUAUCUCCAUCCUCCACCUCUCCUCUCAAACCUAACUCUAUCCCUCUCUCUAUUUCUUCCCCCCCUAACAUUUAUAUAUUUUUCCACAAAAACAAAACAAUUAUCAAUCAAAAGAAAGAAAGGGAAAAAAAAAAACCUAAAAACUAAAUCUCACCUGCCGCUGUCUUUUUUUCUUUUCUUUCUUUCUUUGGUUUCACUGUUUCUCUGUCUCAAAAUGGAUCCAUCUCUUUCCAGUGAUCCUCACCGUCCUCAACAGUACUCUCCUUUCCCUCAAUUUCCACCUUCCAACAACCCUUUUGUCUCCGCUCCGAAUCUCCCCUUCUACGGUGGAAACCAGACUUCCUUCAACACCCAUGUCUCCCCUCCUCAACCGCAAACGCAACCCCAAACGCAAACGCCGACAGCUCCUCCUUACUCAGAAUUGAUUGUAGAGGCGAUUGCGCAUUUGAACGAGCCGGAGGGUUCGAGCAAGAUGGCGAUUUCGAGGUACAUCGAGAGAUCUAACCCUGUUUUACCCACAGCUCACGCGGCUCUCUUAACUCACCAUCUCAAGACUCUGAAGAACUGUGGAGUUCUCUCCAUGGUUAAAAAGUCUUACAAGCUCGCUGCCACCUCUUCCGCUCCCGAGAGCGUCGCCGUUGCCGCUGCCGCCGCCGCUGCUGGUCUCUCUGCUCCCAGAUCUGAGUCUCCUCUCAGCAACAACCCUGAUCCAGUCUCUGGCUCUGUUUCUGGCUCUGCUUCUCAGCCGUUGAAGAGAGGACGUGGACGUCCUCCGAAGGCGAAACCUGAAGCUUCUCCUCAACCAAACGCUGUCCAGCUUAACGGACAGCCGAGCUGGGAGGAGCAACCACAGAUUCAUGUAACAAGUCCGACGCAGGGGGUUACGGAGUCCUCGUCGGCGAAGAGAGGGCGUGGUCGUCCGAGGAAAGACGGAUCUGCUCCGAUCCCACGGCCUGCGGUGGGUAUGUCUGUGAUCAUGAAGAGGAGAGGGAGGCCACCGGGUCGGAGAGCUGCUGGGAGACAGAGGAAGCCUUUGUCUGUCUCCUCUUCUGCCUCUGUGUUUCCUUACGUUGCUAAUGGAGCUAGACGCCGUGGGAGGCCGAGGAGAGUUGACUCUGGAGUUGCUCCGGUUGCUGUAGUAGGUGGGGAGGCUGUGGCGGUUGCGCCUGGGAUUAAGCGUGGACGAGGAAGACCUCCUAAGAUCGGUGGUGUUAAGAAUAGGCUUAUUGCUAAGCCUAAGCGUGGAAGAGGGCGUCCCGUUGGUAGACCCAGAAAGAACACAACAUGGCCGGUCACGGGAGCUACUGAGGCAGAUAAAGCUGCAUAUGGAGAACUCAAGGCAAAGCUUGACCUCUGUAAUGAGAAAGCAAAAGAAAUCCUGAAUGUGUUGACAGCUGGUAUCACAAACAACGACAAUCAAGCAGUGGUUGAAGCAGCAGAAAAGAUGGAAGGUUUAAUAACAAUGUUGAGUGUUGAGCCACAAGCAGUGGAAGAAGUGCAGCCAGAGGAGGCGGCGACACAGACUGAAGCUGAAGAACCACAAGGAGAGGGAGAGGGACAUGGACAAGAAAGAGAUGGAGGAGAAGAAGAACACGCCCCGAUAUCCCUGACCCAGGUCCAGACAGAUGCAGAGGCAAUGCAAGAAGCUCUGUUCUGAAGAAUAAUGAUCUGAAAACAAAAAAACGGCCUAGACAUUAGCCUUGGUGUUUGUGGUUAGGAGUGUUCUUUUUAGUAGUAUUUAGAUGUUGGUUCCUAUCUUAAUUAAAAAACCUAUAAGGAUUUUUAGUUUGUUGGAAGAAGAAAAACAAACUCUUUUGAUGGUGUUAUGUCAGUGUGUCUCUAACUAAAACAUUAAGAGGUUGAUGUAAAUUAGGGGAUAUUUCCUGUGUUUGGAUGUUUUCUCUGUUAUGAAUCUUUGUUUCUCUCUUUUUGCUGAUAUAUCGUUUUA